GAGAAGGUGCUGCUGUGGCUGCUUCAGUUCAUGCAGGAACAGGCGAUCUCUCUGGACGAAGUCGACCAGAACGGAAACACGGCGGUCCACGUGGCAGCUCAGUACGGACACCUCACCUGCAUACAGACUCUGGUGGAGUACGGCUCCAACGUGACGGUCCAGAACCAGCAGGGGGAGCGGCCCUCCCAGAGUGCCGAGCGGCAGGGACACACCACCUGCGCUCGGUACCUGGUUGUCGUGGAGACCUGCAUGUCGUUGGCCUCGCAGGUCGUUAAACUCACCAAACAGCUCAACGA